CCUUUGAGUAUUACAAUAUGAUUGAAGCAAAGAUCCCAGCGUUCACUAUGGACUUUGUUAGAUGGUUACAAGGCAAGAAACCCAUAAUGGUCAAGUUAAAUCACAAAAUCAAGAACAUGGUCUACACGCUGAAAUACUUCACAAACAACCAAUGGGAGUGGACCAAUGAGAACACAGCAAUCCUCUCAGCUGCUAUGAGCAAGGAAGAUAGGAAGGUAUACUUCACGGAUAUAAGACCGAUUCAUUGGCCGUCAUACAUAGAGACCUUCUGCCUAGGAAUAAAGAGAUUCGCUCUCAAUGAAGAUAUGAAUGCCCUUCCAGCGGCACGCAGUCAUCUCAGAAUGUUGCGCAAUAUCCGAUGGACGUUCAACUCCGUACUCAUCCUCAUCGUCUGGCGCAUCCUCAUCGCCCGAUCACAACUCGCCCGUAACAUCUGGGCCUUUGUCAUGAAGAUAUUUUUCGGGUUCCUCCGGUACGGUCAAGUGACGAGAACCGUUUCUAAAACCUGAUGACAUCACGCCUCUUCCUUUGGUCUUUUUUCUGUGACAUUCCAUCCGAGAUGAGAUUUCAGUUUCAGUUUUUAUUUUCUCUCAUUUCCAACAAACUUAUACAAUUCAUACAUAUUUCAAUAAUUUAACAAUUAGAGUAAAACAAUGCAUGCAAUAUAAAAUUUCAAUUAUGAAUUGUAAAUUUGAAACCAAAGUUAAUAGUACUCAUUGCAAUCCAAAAAACCAAAGUAACUAUAUUGAUAAAUAAGUAAUGUUUCGCUUGAAAUUGAGAAGUCCACUGAGAAGCACGGCUUGUAAAUUUUGUACCCCUCAAAUAAUAACUAUAGAUAAUAACUUACUUACAACUUGAAAAUUAAAAAAAAAUAAUGGCCAAUAAAGGUCUGCAACCUGUAUUCUGAAUUGGGUUUACUUAAAACUUUGGUCUGAAGUUGUGGUCUAACUGUGGAUAGCCAAUUGUGACACUAACCUCUAACAGUACAAGUUUAAUUUUAUCAUCUCAUCAGACUGUCAUCUCAUUCAUAAGAAUCUGGGAAUAGUAACCAACCUAGGGCCUUUUCACACGAGAAUCUUGAAUCGUCAUUGUGAUGAUGAUUGCAAUUCGUCUUUAGAAUUAUUGUACCAUUCACACGUUCACUCGAAAACUGAUUUGAAUUCGAAUUCCUGAGCGAAGGUGUAUUGUGUCCUGUAUUGUAACUUGUCAAUCAAACCCAAUCAAAGCACUGCAUCGCAAAAAGAAACAACGAUGAGUGCAUGACAAUUGUAUUAUCUACGGAAGAGCUUGAAAGGUCACGUAAGCUACGCCCCUCAAAAGAUGUUUUGGAGGUCAACCCUUUCAGACAUAAAAUUUGUACCGUAAUUUGAGUGAAACUUAACUGGAAUUCACCUCCGGAGUAGAAUUUGAAUUUUUUAUUGUGAUUAGCGUUUGUGAUUCUAGUUUGGUUUCACACAUGCUAAAAAUUUGUCAUUAGAAUUGUUUUUCACUGGAAUCAUCACUCAAAUUACGAUUUUGGUACUGUGUGGAAGGGCGGAUAAUAUUCUUCACCAUGAAAGCAUGAUAAAAGAGCACAGUAAGUAUAAGAAACAUACUAUGUAAAUAAAAUUUCAACAUUUUUGGUUUUCCAGAAUUUUAGCACAGAUGUUUCAUGACUUUCUUUUAAGUCUCGCACAAUUUGAGACCAAAUUUGCGAUGCAGGGAUGUGUAGGUCUGACAUUGCACAUAAUUUUAUAUUCAUGUCUGUCCAGAAAUGGCUUUAAAACCUUAUUUUUUUUGUACAAUUGUUCUUUCAGAAAAAAGAAAUUGUACAAUUAUUUUUAUGUAGCCAUAAUAUUUCUCAUUGGAAAAAAAACAGUAAAAAAAAAUUCAAAAAGCAAAGAAAUGUAUUUUUUAAAUUGAAUAAUAGAAAUGCAAAGCAUAUUGAUUUUUAUACCAUAUUUUUUAUUUUUUGUAAUAUUAGGAUUUAGGAGGUUACAAAGAAUUAAGAAAGUGAUGAAAAUUGCUUAUUGGGAUCUUUAUUUCGUGCAUAAAUUAUGGAUAAUUUGGCAUAAUCGAUGAAUUCACACAUUUUCAUUAAGAAAAACUAACCAUGUGAAGAUAGAACAUUGGUUUUAAUGAAAUUUUUAACAAGAUGUAUAUUUUGAGGUCGGGUAUUUUGGCUGUUGUAUUUUUAAUAACCAAGUGCACUUUGACAAAACCUGGGGCCAGUACCACAAAGCUUAGCAGUCAUCAGAAGAAUGAACAAUCAAUCAUGAGAAUCAAGUAUACGAUCAAUCGCUACCUUUGUGUUACAAAACCCAGGUUUUGAAUGAUUGGGUACCGUUUACAGGUGUUGCGUUACAUGUUCUUUGUAUGUAUGGUUUUUUUUAAUCAUGCAAAGCAGGUUUAAAUCAGAGCUGAUCAUGUGACAGUAAUUAAGUAAUUACGAUUCGCUACGUCACGUUGAUGUAAGUGUGAUGUCACUAUGAUUCACUAUAAUAUAUUGAAAUUAUAUUUUACAUCACCUUAAUUAUAAUACAGCCUUUUAUAGGCUGCCCUUUUAAAUUUUGAGAAAAUGAUGAAAAUACUUCCAAAUAAUGCUGAAAUGUUUAGACAUUGUUUGAAAUAUUAAUAUAGUAUUGACUGGCCUUGAGGGGAUCGUCAAAUAUGGAGCCCGCAACAGAAUCAUAUUGUCCCGAGUCUACGAGGGCACUAUGGUUGUUUUUUAGGGCAAAAUAUUUGAUGUUUCCCGAAAGAACAGUCAGUUAAAAAUGAAUAAUUAUUCUUAUUACCGAAGGAUGUACAAUGUGUAAAUCAAGCUAUUAUUUGGAACAAAGUAUAUGCCUGUUUGCUUAUCGCUACUCCUGAUUUCAUGUUAUUCACGAACGUAGCAAGUAGUCCUUGCUAAGCCAUUGUGACGUAAACUGUUACCUUGCAGUCGCGCAUCAUGCAUGGCAAUGUGCUCCAUUGCACAUACACAGAACAAUGUAGAAAUCUUGCGCUGAGGUUUGUGUAAGGUGUAUGCACUGACCUCGCCGUGCAUUAUUUACAAUGCGUUGGUUCAUAAACUGGUUCCAGCCAGAUUUCUCAAGUAGUGAAAUUAACAAUCAAAAUCGGCUCCUUCUGUGCAAGCACACGAGCAGAAAUAUGGCCAAUAUUGCCCUCUUUUUUUGUACAGGAUUCCUAUGGGCAAAGCCCGGAGAGGACAACAUGGCAAAUGUUUACCCCUUUGGUCUCGGAUUGAAUGUAGUGAGCGAAAUAUGACAUUUAUUUAUCUGCUAAAACGCCUUGAAUAGGUAAUUAAGUAAAAUAUUGUGGUAUUAAGGACAUCAAUGAAUAGAUGUUAUCGGGUUUGCUAUAACAAUGUAUUGGAAUGGAUGAAAAAAAAAAACUAAUGAUACUUGGCAUUAGAAUGUACUGAUUAGGUAAAAUGCGGGUAAAGAAAGCUCAAAUUGUUGCCAAUUUGGAGUAAUAGCAGAUUAAAUUGUGCCUGUAACCAAAGAACAGUAUUCAUUCCGAUUUGCUAUCUUAUAAUAUAAUGUUAGAUACCUUUUUUACAUCUCUCUGUUGUGUGAAUUAUAUGAUCAAUCAGUAUUAAAACUACAUGUAAGAGGCAUUAUUCAAAUUUAUAUUGUUUCUGAUUUGUGGAGCAAAAGAAGAAUAAUCUGAACCUGUAAUCAAAGAACAGUAUACAUCCAUUCAUUCUGAUUUGCUAUUUUUCAUGUUAAGGUUACAAACUCUUUUUUUGUACAUCUCUUUUUAGUUUAGUAUAUUGAACACUCAAAUUUCAAAUUUGACUUCUCAAAUUUUCAAAAUUUUACUUUGUUUUCAAUAUAGGGAACAAGGCCGGUUAAACUGAGCCUUAGUAAAGUUGUGUACCUUAAAUGUAAUGUUCAAAACAUUUUUAACAUCUCUAUAUAGUGUAGCAUAUGAGCUCUCUGGAAAUUAAGAGGCAAUAUUCCUAUUUGUGUUUUUUAUGCCUCAGGCAACCAUACUCCAUAGCUGGUUGACUAAGGCAUUGUGUUUUUUGUUAUGGUUGUUGUUUGUCCAUUCUUGCGAUAAAGAAUAAUUUGACAGGUCAACUUUAAAUCUGGUCAAAGUAUGCAAAUGGUAAUAACGAUGAUCUAACUAGUUAUUGGGGUAUUAAGGUCAAAGGUCACAGAUGUCAUUACAAAUUUAAAAUGUUUCUUUUGAUAAUUGAAGAAUUGUUUGAGGGAUCAAUUUCAAAUUUGGCCCAUAUGUAAUUAUAUGAAUGAUGAUGGGCUGAUCAGGGCCCCGUCUUACAAAGAGUUGCGAUUGGUCCGAUCAACUACAACUCUGGAAGGCCAGCAGCGUCAACAUCUAAAAUACAUGUUUGUUCAAAAUAUUUUCCAGAUAUGAUGUUUAUUUAUACAUUGUCUUCUUGAAAAUUCAGUGUGCUUCUCUUUAUUUACAAAGGACAUUGUGCAAAUUUCCUGUGGUAGAAAUUAUGGCAUGGAUGGAUUUCCUUACAAGUGAUAUUGAUCGGAUCAAUCGUAACUCUUUGUAAGAUGGGACCCUGAUUUGGGAUUAUGAAUUCAAAGGUUAAAGGUCACAGGUCAUUGCAUAUCUGAAAUGAUCAAUAUCUCAAAAUAACUCAAGAGUAGUUUGAAGGAUCAACUUCAAACCACACACGUGUUAGUGGAGACAAUCUUUUUUUAGAUUUUAGAGUCACAAGGUCAAAUGUCGGAGGGGUCUUUAUAAUCGUAGAAAGAUCAUGCUUUCGCUAUGAUGAAGUAACUGAUCGAGGAAUCAAAUUCAAACUUAAUCAUGUUUGGAUAUGGGAGUGAAUAAGAUCUGAUUAUGUCACCAAGAAGUCAUUUGACAAGUUUAGAAGUGAUAUAUUUGAGGGUGACACAACAUUUGCUCCGGCGACAAUUGCUCCAGGCUUUAUCUCGUCUAAGAUAUAUGGUUAGGGUUAGGAUUGUAAUAGGGUUUUAUGUUAGGUUUAGGAUAGCAUAUAGUGUUUAAUCCAGGAUUGAUGUUGGUCAUUCUUUUAGUGUAUGGAAUUUACAGCGGAGCAAUUGCCGCCAGAGCAAAUGCCAUGGAACCGUAUAUGAAACAUGUAUACAUCUUCCUGGGGUAGGGGUAAAAGUCCCAACUAAAUGAAUUCUGAAAUCCAUCUUGUUUUAUAUUAUCUUUGAAUGAGUUUAUUUUUAAUGUACUUACAUCUUUGUAUGGUAUUAUAGGUGAAGUAUUAGAUGGCUGGUAUAAAAAUCUUCAUUCCAAUUUGUGUGUGAGGGAAUUAUUGAAAUGUUUUGCGCUGUAUGACAGUAUAAGGGCCUAUGUUGUAAACUAUAUAGACAACUCUGUAUGGUAUAGUUGAAUUGUUAAAAGGCUGGUAUCAAAAUCUUCAUUCUAAUUUGUGUGUAAAGGAAUUGUUGAAAUAAUUUGCACUGUAUGACAAUAUAAGGGCCUAUGUUGUAAACUAUGGGCAACUCUGUAUGGUAUAGUUGAAUUGUUAAAAGGCUGGUAUCAAAAUCUCCAUUCUAAUUUGUGUAUAAAAGAAUUGUUGAAAUAAUUUGCACUGUAUGACAGUAUAAGGGCCUAUGUUGUAAACUAUUGGCAACUCUGUAUGGUAUAGUUGAAUUGUUAAAAGGCUGGUAUCAAAAUCUUCAUUCUAAUUUGUGUGUGAAGGUAUUGUUGAAAUGUAUUGCACUGUGUAACAGUAUAAAGGCAUAUGUUGUAGUCUAUAGAUCUUUAUUGAUAUCAUCUAUUUUGCAUACUACUGAGUUAGUUUAAUACAGAUUAUUUUAAAAUUUGUACAUCUUUGCUCUAUGAGGAUAAGGAAUAGCAUUUAUUUUUUCUAUUGGUUGACGAGUGAAUUAAUUAAAUAAGUGAUGGAUGGAUGAAUGAA